CAACAUCAAUCGAUUCAUGAUCUCGAUCAUACAUUGUCAGUAUAUUUUACAGCCAAUUGAGUGCUCAGUGGAUAAAGCAUUGAUGUUUGAACAAAAGUGCAUUGAGUUCGAGUCUCUGUAUGAAUAUAAACACUUGUAUGCAGGCACACGCACACAUUUGACGAGUCAAAAAUAAGAAAACAAAAACACUAGAUCUUUUUCUAAAAAAAAGUGAGGAUAUGUAUAGCGUUACAUUUAUGCAUAUUACAGUAUUCAUCCCAUGUAACUCUUUAUUCAUAAUAAACAUAUGGUUGUCUAUUGAAAUAUUCCCAAAGAAUUCUCUUUCAUCUGAUUUGCCCAAAAUCUAAACUAAAAGAUAAAUAAACAAAUUUAUUGGAUUACAAAAUGAUCCAUAUAACAUAUGAGUUUUGAUUGGUCUAAAUAGGCAUAGUAACAAUUUUCCACAUUUCAACAUUAUUUGUAUCAUUUUUAGUAAACAAAUGUCUGCAUUACAUAAUAAACGUUCUGUGAUUGAUACACAUUGUCAUUUGUGUGAAUCUAUUUUUGAUAAUGAUAUUGACAAUGUAAUCACCCGUGCAAUAUCUUCAAAUGUUCAUGGUGCUAUUGUAUUAACCGAGAAUAGAAAUGAUUUUUCAAAAAUAUUUGAAUUAAAAAAGAGAUAUCCAGACUGGAUUAAUGUUUGCCUUGGGAUUCGUCCUGUUCAGAAACAAGAAGGAACUCACAAUGGACAACGUAGUGUGAACAUGAAAGAUUUAAAACAUAUUCGUGAUAUGAUCCUUCAACAUAAAUAUGAAAUUGUUGGCAUUGGAGAGAUUGGAUUAGAUUUUACACCGACAAUAUGUUCAACUAGUGAAUUACAAGAUUUACAAAAAAGUAUAUUUACUAUACAAAUUCAAUUGGCUAAACAAUUGAAUUUACCAGUAAAUGUUCAUUCACGUUCUGCUGGGAAAGAAACCAUUGAAAUACUAAAAUCUGAAGGUGUUACAAAAGUUCAACUACAUGCUUUCGAUGGUCGACCAUCCAUUGCAAUGAUUGGCUUAAGUGAAGGUUAUUACUUUUCAAUACCAUCUAGUUUACCAAGAAGUAAACAGAAACAGGAAUUUGUCAAAGCUUUACCAUUGGAUCGUAUUCUAGUUGAAACUGAUGCACCAGUACUAAGUUCAUCUUCAAUACAGAGCCGUACUGAACCAGAUGAAGCUAUCAAAGUUUGUGAACAUAUUGCAAAACUAAAAGGAAUAGAUUUUGAAACAGUUUGUCAAAUAACAACUGAAAAUGCAUUUAAACUUUAUGGAUCACUGAAUGUGAAAUGUUGAAUUCACGUGAACUGAAACUGAACAAAAUAUACUAUGAUAUUCAAACCAAAU